AUGCUUUCUUCAUUAAGAACCCCUCUAGGUGCAAAUAGGCUGUGGAGAGGCGUGGUGCGGCGCGGCGACACGGUGGUGGACGCGACGUGCGGCAACGGGCACGACACCAUGGCCAUGGCUGCCCUCGCCCUCGCCCCCGCGCCACCCAGCCAUGGCGAGGCAGGGAGCGCAGGGGAGGAGGUGAGGGGGCGAGUGGUGGCCAUGGACAUACAGGAGGAGGCCGUCAGCAGAACGCAUCGCCUGCUGGCAGCUGGCCUGUCAGAGACGCAGUUGACCUGCCUCUUCUUCUCCUCUCCCUCCCCGCUCCUCACCUUCCCAUGCGGCAGAUGGCUCAUGUACAAUCGAUUGGUGGCGUUCAACCUUGGUUACCUGCCUCGGGCCCACCACGCUCCUCCCAACACCGUAACCUUUCCUACCGCUGCUCCUGAGGGCAUCACGACGCAGCCGGGCAGCACGGUGGCAGCGCUGCAGGGAGCAGCGGCAGCCACAGCUGUGGGCGGCGUGGUCAGUGUCAUGGCCUAUGUGGGCCACCCAGGCGGCAGGUGA